GGGACUGUACCGUAAGUCAGUCACAUGGUCUAUUUUCGAUCAUAGCAGCCUAGCCAUUAGUCUCUUUAUUUGCCGAUUCAAUUGACACUAACACGUGCACGUGUCACAAGUAAAGGUGUUCUACAAUAUUUUUGGCACACACUAGAAGCAGCUGGCCACAAUUCUUCAGAUGCCUGCUCCAACAGAUCGGCGAUGGUCGAUUAGAAUGGUCAUUAGCAUGGUGGUGAGGAGAGGUGCUUAGCGGAUGAGCCAACCAGCAAGUGAGAGCGUCCACUAAUUCCUAUUCGUCCAAGUUUGUGCCACUUCCAGUUAGUACAGCAUUCAUUCAUAGGUGGCAUAACUUAUCUCUUGUACUUUGAUAGAGUUUCUAUUCUACCCCUGAUCCCAGUCGACAUAUUAAAAGUUAUAAAUUGGAGAACAGUCGAAUCAGAAAGAAUUUCAUUGAUUAUUUACAGUGAAUUUUGAAAAGAAAACUCACUCAAAGCCGCUCACAUGGGGAAAAAGCAUAAAAAUCAAAGCUGUAGAAAAGAUACUAGCAGGAAGAAUACAGCUGCGCGUGCUGGAAUAGGGGAUCAAUGUAAGUAUGAAAAUCCUAGUGAAGAAAAUGGAGAAGCAGUCGCCGAGCUCAGAAACAUCGAUGGAGCGAUGAUAGAGGAAAUCAAUUUGAACACAAUUCAAAGUAAAAGUGUGAAUGGACUUCUGGACAGCCUCAAAUUGGGCAAAAAAUCAAAUAAUUGCAUUUUGCAAAAACAAUUAAAAUUUCCAAAUUACUAUCUCCAUUAUGUUUGUCAAGUUUGUAAAAGUAUAAUUGGUACUGCUGAUAGAUGCAGCAAGUGCCAAAUGAUAGCGUAUUGUAGCAAAGAACACAGAAGACAGCAUUGGUCUGUACAUGCUGAUCUGUGCGAGGCGAUUCAAGAUGCUAGGAACAGUCAAAAUGUAAAUGCAAAACAUAUUCUUGAUGGCGUAAUUGAUAAAGAUUACGACUUUUUCAAGAGUUUCUGUUAUAGUUUGAUGGCAGAAUGUGAAUAUAGAAUGCAAAGGAAACUAGAAAAUUGGGAAAAGGAGCUAUUCCUUUAUCCGAACGUUUGUGAAACUUGUUUUCAAUGCGAUUCAGAAUUACUGACAUCUUGUGAAAAAUGUCAUCACCGGAGUUAUUGCAGACCAGAGCACCAGAAUGCUGACCACAGUGUCUAUUGUGAACAUUUGCAGAUAUACUACGAGAUGAGAAAUCAGAAAUUUCUACACGGUGAUGUAGAGGUAACGCUUCCGAAAGAUUUGCAUGAACAACCAAUUGGAAGUACAGACAAUAUGGAUCUCUAUCUAAAUUCAACAAAGGAAAGUCUUAAUAAAUUGCAUUAUUUGCAGCUGUGUGACAUUGCCACAGGUCCAUUAACAGCACUUUAUGCUUAUAAUCACUUCACGAGAUCAGACAGAAACAAUCGUUCAAAUUCAAGUGUGGUUAUUCAUGUGGUAGGAGCAGAGAAGUUCUUCGAGGUAAAUACUCUUCAAAAAUGGGAAAUAUUUUUCUUGCAUUAUUUGCCUGAUUUGAAAAACUUGAAAGUGAUUUUUAUUGGGCCGGAACUUGACAUGAGUGAAGAGGAAAUUAUAUCAGCAAACACCUGUCAGCUAUGUGAUAAAUGUGUGCAUUUGAAACGUACUUUGAAGUUUAGUUUUAUAUCGAAUACUUUGUACCACGAUUUUGCAGCUGGAAAGUCAUUCCAGAUGCCAUCACUAGUUUGUGCGUUCAACGCUGGCAUGUAUAGGACAACAGGCUACAAUGAACAGGAUACAUGGCGAAAUACAAUCAUUAAACUAUUUAGUUGGAAACAUUUGCCUGUGCUCAUAACAGAGUACACUUCAGAAGAGGCUGAAAAGGACAUGCAACGUAUCUCAGCCAUUCAAAAAGUGAAAACUUUAAUACCUCCGUCUCAAAAUCCUUUUUCGGGUCGAUGUCCUAAUCUUAACUUUGUUUCUUAUCAUAAAGUGCCUGUUAUUUUUAAAAAUUAUUAUAUGCUAUUAUUACAGAGAGGUUAAAAA